AUGUAUGAUACAUUGUUCGAUUCAAAAUUUAAUGCUGGUCCUGAAUUUCAAUUACAAAAAUUGAUUAAUAAUGUUGAUACUCUUAUUUCAAUAAGUACAUUUUUUUCUAUAACUCGAUCGUCAGAAGUGGCUAGUACAUUUGCCGGUGAUGUUAUUAUUGAAAUUGAUCUCGAUCAAAAUAUUGAUACAAAGCCGUUUGCUGAUAUUUCAAAUGAAAGUUAUAGCAAAAACGAAAAGGAAGUUUUAAUAGCUAUAGGAACUGUCUUUCGUUUGGAAUUUGUUGAAAACCUUUGCGACACAUUAUGGUAUGUCAAACUGACAUUGACUAGUGAUCUUGAUCGACAUGUAAAAGAAAUAAUUGAGCACUAUAAACGGAAAAUUGGUCAUACAUCUGAUAUAGGCACGUUAGGUAGAUUUCUGGCUCGUAUGGGAGAGUAUGAGAGAGCCGAUCGAUAUUAUAAUUUAGCAUUAAACGAGCUGGAAACACCAGAACCCGAAUUAGAUUCUUAA